AUGAUCCAGGCUGGACCCAAUAUGAGUCCUUGCCAUGCAUGGGUUUGUGGAUGGGCAAGAAGCUACACUAAAAAACUAGAUCAUGCAGAGAGAAUCAUCAUCCAAGACCAUGAGGUAAUUGGUGCUAUGAGUCUAAUGUGGAGCCUUAUUCAGUCUGUGGUGCCACUUGAGAUUACUGAGCAUGUGAUGAGGUGCUUGGUGGAUACAUUUCUUCCAACCAUUGCAACAAGGGAUGUU